AAAACAAUCAUUAUUAGCAAAAGCAGUUGUAAAAAUUCAACAUUAGUAUUCUUUUUUUUUUCUUUUUCCUUUUAAUCUCGAGUUUAAAAUACUAUAUUUUUCUUUUUUUAUCUAAUGUCCAAUUCAAAUACUAAAUUGGCAACAACAGUAGAAGACAAUACUUGUAUUCAUCCUAUUCCUUCAAGUGUGAUCAUUAUUAAUGAAUCAACGCCUCUUUUACCUAAAAAGGACAACAAAAGACAACUCAGUACAUUUAUUUCCCCACUUACUGAUCAUCGAAUUGUGUUGAUCGAAUUAAAAGGGUUAUUAUUACUAGUUUUAGCUUCCUUUUUAUUUACGUGCAUUACAGUUAUUGCCAAACGUGAACUCUUGUCUUCUUAUUCGGCAGUGAAUGUAGUUUUUAUUAGUCGAGGUUGUAUUCAAUUACCUUUUGGUUUAUUAAGUUGCAUGUGCGUUCACAUUAAUCCCUUUAGUAGCAGACAAGUGGAACAUCGUCGAUGGAUUCUUUUUCGUGCUCUUGCUGGUUCUAUUGCUCUUUACCUAUUUUUUUAUACUUUAACAAAAUUAACUCUAAUAGAAGCAACAGCUAUUUUCUUUUUGGGUCCUAUGUUUAAAGUUCUUUUGGGAUAUUUUCCAUUUUUUGAUCAACACUACUACUCUCCAUCUUCUUCUGUCUCUACAGUCGAGUUAAUUUAUAUCUUAUUCGCAAGUCUCGGUAUUUAUGUUUUAUCUAAUAACCAGCAAAGUAUAGAAUUUAUUUUAUAUGGAUUAAUAGCGGCUAUGAUGUCUGCUAUGGCUUAUAUGUCAGUCAUUCGUAUCAAUCAUCAUACCGCUUUACUAGGUGAUAAAGAUCUUAAAAUUCAUAUGAUGGUUCAUCUUGUUUAUUUUGGAUUGAUAACAAUUUUGAUUGGCUUAUUUAUCUGUAUACUGAAUUCUGAUACAAGAAAGAGCUUGAUGAUAUUGAUAGAGAAUGAGCAAGAUAUUGGAUGGUUUAUGUUAAUUGGCAUGCUUGCUUUUUUAGGGCAAUAUUUUAUUAACUUGGGAUUGAAAUUAGCACCAUUAGGUCCAGUGAUAUUACUUCGUACAAGUGAUUUUAUAUUCGCUUUUAUAUUCGGAAUUAUUCUGUUUCAAGAAAUACCUAAAAUGAAUACACUUAUUGGAUCUUUAUUAAUUGUCGUGAUGACAACAGCAGUUAGUAUGCACCAAUGGCAUCAACAUUCUAUCUUGAAGAAGAAGCAAAGAGAAAUUGCAAUUAUGACAGGAAAACGAAAGAAAAGGCAGCAACAAGAGAUAGCGACACAUGUAAGUGAUCAACAAGUACCCUCUACUAGCUCAGCAUAAAUAAAUAUAUGUAUAUACCUUGUACUCUAAAAUAAACAUCUGCAAAAAAAAAAAAA